CGUUCCGCUUUACGGCCGCCUGGAGUGGGUGGGGCAGGAGACUUCUGGGGGAAAAGGUUUCAGGGUAGGGAGGCGAGGAGGUUUGUUUGCAGCCAGCCGUAAGUGAGGGACGAGGCCGCGCGACAACUGCUGGAGGGCCACGGAGGAGGCGGCGCAGCGCGGUCCGGCCCGGACCUGCCCGCCAUGAGGCCGCAGCAGGCGCCCGUGUCCGGCAAGGUCUUCAUACAGCGCGACUACAGCAGCGGCACCAGGUGCCAGUUCCAGACCAAGUUUCCAGCCGAGUUGGAAACCCGGAUUGACCGACAGCAGUUUGAAGAAACAGUUCGUACUCUAAAUAACCUUUAUGCAGAAGCAGAAAAGCUUGGGGGCCAAUCGUAUCUUGAAGGCUGUUUAGCUUGUUUGACAGCAUAUACUAUCUUUUUGUGCAUGGAAACACAUUAUGAGAAGGUUCUGAAGAAAAUCACCAAAUAUAUUCAGGAACAGAAUGAGAAGAUAUAUGCUCCCCAAGGCCUCCUUCUAACAGACCCAAUUGAGAGAGGACUUCGUGUUAUUGAAAUUACCAUUUAUGAAGACAGAGGCAUGAGCAGUGGGAGAUAAACCAUGGAGUCAAAGGUAAAUAACAAAUUAGAGGCCCAUUUUUUAAAAUUUUCUGAACAUUCAGAAUAUGUAGAAUUUUUCUUCCCCACUGCAUGGAAGUAGAAAACCUUUUUAAACCUUGUAUGGGAGAAUCAUCAAUAGUUGCUACAUAUAGUUGAAUGGUGUUGUCUUUAAAUAAGUAAUUAUAUUAGUAUAAUAUGUAAAAGCUGGCUUAAUCAACAUUAAAUUUGGUUAGAUAGAAAUCUAAAUCUAAUUUUGUCUAUAUUGUGUCAGAUUAUUUUUAUAUAUUAGACUAGCCUCCUCACAUGACUGCUCAGGCCCUGCCAUCAAUCAGUUCACAUAGAAAUGUGAGUACCAGCAAUUCAAUUCAACAAACGUUUGUUAAGGACUUACUAUAUGCAGGGCAUUUGGGAUAUAAAGAAAGGCAAGCCUAAGGGCUUUGGGAUACAUGUGUGUUGGGGAGGGACAUGUGCUUUAUUUGCUAUCUAAUGUUUAUGUUUAGAGAAGUCACUUUAGCUGGUCUAGUAAACUGUACAUUGGCCUCAAGAGGGAGAUAAAAUGGAUAGAGAGCUGACUCUACCCAGGAUGUCCCAGGUUCACAUCCCAACUCUGCCACAUGCUGGCUAUGACCCUGGGAACAAGAGAACAAAACCUCUCUACACCCAAAGCAGCUCUCAAACCAUUGCAGAGAAGGGCCUAAUCUACCUUGGAAAAGAGAGUUUUCUCUUCUGUAAAGUCACAGGGCCAGUUCCUGACCCAACCUGUGAAACUAAAUAUCACUGUCUGCCCUUCAGGAAUAUCAAGUAAAUAAGUAAGUUACUAUUACCAAAAGAUCUGUAACUCCCAUCAUGCUGUGGCCCUCCUACUGUUCUGAACUGUUCUUUAGUUCUCUGAAACCCUGAGCUACCUCCAGCCGGCCAUGGUGCAACAGCACCUCCUUCAGAGGAGAAAGUGCUAGUGUUCCUCGCUUCUGCCAAUUUCUCCAAAUUGUGGCAAAUCUUUGAAGAGGUUGAAUUCUGGGUUCCCCUGAAGAUCUGCUCUUGAUAGCUUUCUCAACUGGUUGCUGUCAUGGACUAGUGCCCUGCACAGUGGCAGAGUAUAGCAAAGAUAGACAGGUUUUUCCCAGAUGUGGGAGGGUCCACAUAGAAAACAGAUUUUCAUGGAGUUUAAAUGCUCUAAUUUUCCCUCCUUUGCCUCAGGAUUUUUUCAACACUUUUGAAGAACAAAGCUAUUAGUGGCUUCCACACAGUUUAUUUACAACUCUGGAUCAAGUUAGACUCAUUCUUUUCAAAAAACUGUCUAACCUGGCAUCAGAAAAUAUUGCCUGAAUUUAUUUUCCUUAAAACCCAAAGAUGUAAAUGAUGAUACUUGUGUCAAUAAUUUAUUUCUUAUAAGAAAGACUUAGAUAGCAUAUUUUGUGAUAUGUAGUGUUACUUGUCUAUACAGUUUUUGAUUUACAAUUUCCUAACAGAUUUCUAAAAAUGAACAAUCAGAAACCUUAUGUGUGGUUUUUGUUACAUGCCAUUGAAAUAAGUUUAUCAAUUGCAGCUGCGUUAACUUGGCAAAAUUCGUUUGUCAUGACUCAUUUUGCAGCUAUUAUUGCUAAACAGAAUGUUUUUCUGAGGUAGUAUGGGGUUUAGAGCAAUUACACACAAGAGGCUAAUCUAUCAAUCUUCAAACAACUGUGAAAUUUUUGAAAUAGUAAAGAUUUACAUUAAGAACUUCUGGAUAGUUUCAUGAAUUGCAAAUAUUUUUGUUCAACACAAUUGUGUUUUUAAAGCUGUAUGUUUGUCAGAGGCAGAUCCCAAUAUGGGCUGGGAUUAUGUCAAACAGCUGUAUGAAUGAAUGUGUGUGAGGGUCUGUGAAAGUAUACUUAAUGCUUCACCAGUCCCUGCACAUAUACUCCCUGGAUCAAAUCUGCAGGUUGUCCAGAAAUUAAAGUUCAUUUGGGGAGAUUAAAUGUAUAUUCUAACAAAAGAAUGCACAAUAGAAAAAUGACCUUCUAUUAAAGUAUCAUUUUUGUCACUGUACAAUUUAGUUUUUGUAAAGCACCAUGGAAAGCAUUUUGCAAAUAUGCCAGUACUCUCACAGCCCUGUGAGGUACCUACCAUUAUCUCUCUCAGGUUUCUCAUGUGAAAAAGAGAAGUGAUUUGCCCAGUGUCACAAUAAAAAAGUAACUUCAGAAAUCUGAAAUUUUGGUUUCUACACCAUUCUACUAGACGAAAUAUUAGCUAGUGCAAAUCCAGAAAAACCCCUAGGUAGACUCCCCUAACAAAAUAGAACUACUCUAUGAGCAUGUCAGUUGGUUCAGAAGAGAGAAAUAAAAGUACACUUUAAUAUUUCUUUAUAGCUUUCUAAUACCUCAUGUUGGUUCCUUUUUUCAGAGUCCACAUAAGAAUGGGACUCUCUUCUGUCCACCGGCCAACUGCAGAGUAUCCCCUACCUCCUCUCCAAGCAUCAUUCCUUUGUAUCUGCUGCCAGAGCCAUGGUGCCAUUCUACUCCAAGGACUAACUUUCUAAAAUUCCGCUCCUGGGGUGACAUCUAGUCACUCAGCAUCCACUUUGUGUCUUUAAACUGUGUAGGACUCUGUAAUCUUUGUAGUUAUUUCUGGGAAAAUAUAAUGAAGCAUUUAACUUUUUAAAUUCAAAACAAUUUAAUAAAAUGAGCUGGGUAAAUGAGCCCAAUCCAAAAUCCAUUUCUUGUUUGCCACCACGACUAUUGUUUCCACUCAAUAGUUUUGCUGUCAUACCAGGUGUUUUUUUUUAUUUCAGCAAGUCAUAUCAAGGGUUGGUUUCAUUUCUCCUGAAUUGGAGAAUGCCUUUUCUUCAGGGUAUGGUUUUUGAUGAGGGGGUAAACCAUGCCUGUGGCCUGCUGAUACAUCUAGACCUCAAGGAAUUCACAGGAUUGUGAGAAGAUCUGUUUCUACUCUUAGUUUCUCAUACUGAAGAAGCUCAUUGGAAAGAUAAUGUAUAACGCUAUUUGUUUUUAAUGUAGCACUUAUUACUAAGUGAACCAGUAUUUCAUGUGAUUUCCCGUUACCUUGAUUCUCCUUUGAGAAUUUUAUAUCAUUACUGCAUUGCCAUGAACAUUGGGAGGAUAUAGUAUGUGUUCUUUAUUUUAUUAAAACUAUGUAAGCACAAUAAAGUGGAUGCUAAACCAUCAAACCUAUAGACAUCCUUGCUCUGUCCCUUGAUGUGUGAUAAGCAAGUGUAAUGAAUAUUUUCCGUAUGGCUUUAUUAUAAAUAUAACUUUUGGGGGGAAAUUUUGGUAGGAAUAAUACUGUAUGUGCUUAUUUUUAACUAUUUCCACUAGCAAGACUUAUGAAUCUUAAACCUUUCUUGAAUUCAGUAUUCAGGAUGCACAUAGUGUAAUAAUUAGUUCAGGUAAAAUAACAUGAAUGUUUCCUGAGUAAAAUUCCCCCAAAUCUUAAGUUAAUAUUUGUUUUUCUUCUACGUACUUUCUUCAUGACAGUGUUUCCCAAGACCUUGAAAUUAAGUUAAUCAUUAUGGCGUGAGAACAUUGUUCUUUGGAAAUAGCUAAGGGAUUUACUAGAAAAGAAUGGAAGAAUUUAAAGUUCUACUUUAAGUGAUAUUGUAGGUGCUAAUACUGGAUCUAAUCUUCCAGAUUUAAUUUCUUUUAUGAAUUUGUUAGUCAUUUACCUAAAUCCCAGAGGCGUAAUAUUUUAAUUGUAUAAAAACCUUUUUGUUUUUCUAUAGCUUGUAACAGUAUGUCUGUCUGCCUUUCACACCCAUUGCAAUAACUUUGCCCAAAUAUUAAUGCAUUAGUAAAACUUUUCUUAAAUAAAUUGUCUGUUAUAUUUGCUUGAUA